AUGCUUUCAACAGACAAGUUUGCUUAUGGUUUCCCCACAAAAUGUUCAAACCCUAAAGUAAGAAGUGCGCACACUGCACGGCGCAGCGCACAUCUGGAAAGCUCCGCCCCCAUCACCGAGCAAAAGAAAGAAGUCUGCCCAGCAACUACUUUGCCGCCUUUGAGUAGCUGGUACUGUCUGCUGUCCGAUAAGGAUCCUCACAAGCUUAAGACUGUGUCGUGUGGACAAAAGAGUGAGGAAAGCCCCAGUCCAAAGCGCCAGAGGCUGUCCAGUCAGUCUGUCUUGGAACAGUUAACCUCAUCCGUACCCCCACCAUCCACCCCAUCUCCCCCCAUCCGCCCCUGGGAGUCAGGACCCCCAAGUCGGAGACAACCUCACCCCCACACACACUACCACCAGGAGAGAUGCCUUACUCCUGCUCGUCACAGACGCAGCCCGCCAGCAAGGCGUCAGCGCGGCCGUCUCUCCAGACCCACCCGUCACUUGCCUCCCCAUCAACACCCCUGCACCCAAGCCCCCGCACCUCGCCUGUCGCCAUCAGAGCACCAGGAUGAAAACUACCACCACAACACCCAUCCAGCAACACACCAGACAUACCCCCCCCACACACCCAGCGCCUAUGGUCAGCCUUCCACAGCCGGAGGAGCGGUGGCAGGUUUGGAGGAGCCCCGAGCUUUCCACCCGCCCACCUUGUCGCCACGACUACUGCACCCGGCUGCUCACCAUCACCACCUUCACCAUCAUCAUCAGCAACAGCAUCAUGCAACGCAACAGCAGCAAGGAGCCAUGGUCCUGGACUUACAUGAACAAAUGCUACAAGCAUGUUCAAUGCAACAUUUGCCGGUGCCCUAUGCCUUUCCCUCGCUGCUGUCCAGUGACCCUCAGUUCCUGCUUCCCCAUCCAGCCCACCUCUCUCACCACCCGCCCCACCUCCCCGCACGCAAGAAUAGAAAUUAAAAUUGACUGAAACUGUUCAACUGCAAUUAAAAAUGACUCUAAUGGAAACAACAA